AUGGGGCAUCGAGCAUUUUUACCACAUGAUCAUCCAUUUUGGAAAGAUAAGAAAUCAUUUAACGGUAAAGAGGAGCAUAAAGCCAUGCCUACUCCCUUAUCGGGGGUAGAAGUGCUUGAAGAACUACGUGAAUUCAAUAAUGUCUUUGGUAAAGGCCAAAAGAAAAGGCCUCGACAUAAUGACGGUCCGUGGAAGAAAAGAUCCAUCUUUUUUGAAUUGCCAUAUUGGGCACAUAAUAAAUUGAGGCACAAUCUUGACAUGAUGCAUAUAGAGAAGAACAUAUGUGAUAGUUUGCUUGGGACUUUGUUGGAUAUACCUAGAAAGUCCAAGGAUCAUGUAAAUUCUCGCUAUGAAUUGGAAGAAAUGGGAAUACGCAAGGAGCUUCAACCAUUAAAAGAUGAUGAAAAUGGAAAAGUUCAUCUGGCUAAAGCUUGUUACUCCAUGAAAUCGGAAGAGAAAAGAUUAUUUUGCACUGUCCUAAAAAAUGCCAAAUUACCAAAAGGGCGUGCCUCUAAUAUAUCACAUCGAGUGCAAGUGGAUGAGAUGAAUAUAUCACGAUACAAGAGUCAUGAUGCUCAUUUCAUAAUGCAUUACAUGCUCCAAGUUGCGGUUAUAAAGGUGUUACCCAAGGAUGUCUCUUUGGCCUUGAUUAGGUUGGGUAAUUAUUUUAGAACCAUAUGUAGUAAGGUUAUAAGGCAAAGGGAUGUUGAUACAAUGCAGUCUGAAAUUAUAGAUAUAGCAUGUGAGCUUGAAACAAUUUUCCCGCCAACCUUUUUUGAUAUAAUGACACAUUUGCCUAUCCAUUUAGUAAAUGAAAUUAAGCUUGGUGGUCCGACUCAUUUGCGUUGGAUGUAUCCCUUGGAGAGAAACCUGUGUAAGUACAAAGCAUUUGUCCGUAAUCGAACUCAUCCCGAAGCAUCUAUAGCAGAGGGAUUUUUGGCCGAAGAGUGCUUGAACUUUUGUUCGAGAUACUUACAUGAUGAGGUGAAGACAAGAUUCAGUGGCUAUCAAACUGAGGAUGAUGAAGGCAUUCAAAUAGAGGGCAAUAAUUCUUCACCUAUAUUUCCUAAUAUAGGCCAUCCAAUCGGAAGUAAAAAGAAAAGGAAAGGCAAGACUUUUGACAUGGAUUUACAGUUAUGGUCUGAAGCACAUCGAUAUGUUUUGUUCAAUACUGGAGAUGAACAAGUUGAGACACUUAUCAAGGAACAUAAGAAUUUCAUUGACAAUCAUACUAAAGGAAAUGCAUGGCUAAAAGCACCAAUUCAUAGUCGAGAAUUCGAAAAUUGGCUUAGAGAGAAAGUUAAAAAUGUUGAAGUGCCCAAUCAUUUAAGAUGGCUAGCUAAAGGGCCUAACACAGUGGCUAAAAGAUAUACUGCCUAUUUCAUUAAUGGAUAUCGAUUUCAUACAAUGGAACGAGAUGCUCCAUGCAAGACUCAAAAUAAUGGAGUGACUUUGUCAGCAACAACAGAUAGUUUUGCUAGUGCUAGGGACCAAAAUCCCAUCGAUGGAACGGUUAUCUACUAUGGAGCUAUUCAAGAUAUAAUUAAAAUUGAUUAUUGGGACUGUUUUAGUGUUGUACUAUUUAGAUGUGAUUGA